AUGAGCCAUAAUCCUUUCCAGCCGGCCAUUGCCAUGCCCGCGGCCUUCGAGGAGGUCUUGGACGAGGGUGAGCUGGGCACCAUUACCAUUGAUGGGACCGUAUACGACAUUGCCGACUCGGAAUGGGACUCUCGCACGGAGAUUGGCAACGGCCAACAUGGCACCGUCUACCGUGAGAGACACGUGCCCACGGGGCGCGUGGUGGCCAUCAAAUAUAUUCGUGACUCGAUGGAGCCCGAUCAACGCAACCUCCUGCUCUCCGAGGUCAAGUUGAGCCGAGCCUUCAAUCACCCCAAUCUGGUACAAUACUUUGGCAUGAAUAUUUGGGAAGGGGACAUUCGCCUCUACAUGGAGCUGUGCGAUACCAAUUUGGACGUGAUUAUGACCAUGGUCAAAGAAUCUGAAGCUUUUGACCACAUCCCCGAGCCGAUCGUGGGCAAAGUCGCUGCCUCGAUCAUUGCCGCUUUGGACUACAUGAAGGCAGACUUUAGUGCAAUUCACCGUGACAUCAAGCCCAGCAACAUUCUGCUGGCCCACGACGGUACGGUCAAGGUGUGCGACUUUGGGCUGGCGUCAAUAAUGGAAAACUCGUAUUGCGUCACCAACGUGGGCAGCGAACCCUAUUUACCGCCGGAGCGGAUAAGCGUGGAUGCAGGGCCCACAUAUGAUUUGCGGUCGGACGUGUGGUCCCUCGGCGUCACACUUUUGGAGCUGAUGCGCUUGGAACAUCCUUAUCACGUUGUCAGCCGGACCAGUCUGUAUGCGUUGCUUCAAGCCGUCAUCCGCGAUGACCCACCGCCCUGCCCAGAGUAUUAUGCCGAGCCCUUUGCGUUUUUAGUGUCUUCUUGUUUGCAAAAGCAGGUCGAAAGUCGACCCAAGUAUCGAAAGGCGAGUGACAAUGGCACUCGACCAGCCCUCAAGGACCAUGAGGUGUUUCUCAAAUAUCACGAGGCGGACGUCAACGUAGCAGCGUGGCUGGGACAGUUGCGGGAAGCCACCGCAUCUUCAUCUGAAGUGACUACUCCGUCGGCUGACACGGCGUAG